CGGGGUCAUGCCGGCGGUGCCUCCGCCUAUGAUGGCGUACCAAGUUCCGGCGCCCGGCCAGCCUCCGAACCCGGCGUUGAGACAGUACAUGCCCAUGCCUAAUGGAUACGCGGCCAUGCCCGGCGCUCCUCAGCCUCCACCUGCGUCCUCUCGAUUGAUUACAUGGUGAGAAACGUUGGAAGGCUUCAUAUUGCUUAGCGACCCUACCUUCUACAAUCUACAACUCCCUUUUUGGUAUGGACAAUUUGCUUGGUCUUUUGCUUGCCUUUUAGAAUGAAUUUUGUUCGAUCGAUUUAUUGUUAACACUCAAAUCCUCCUGACUUUACAUUUGGAGAGACAAAAUUACUUGGAUAAAUUGCGAAGUUCUUUCAUUAAAGCUGAAAUGUCUCGUUAUGCAUCUUAAUUUAGUAGGCUACUUUCUGGUAGUCAUAAGCGUACUUCCCCUAUCAUGGGUUUAGGAAUUACCAGCCGCGGUCCAUGUUAGCAACUCUGUGCUCGCUGGCCUUGUAUCAUGAGGUAUUGCAUCUCUUCCAAUCAAACUUUCUCUCUACUUCCCUCCGGUUCUCUGUUCUAUUUUUUGCUGCGACUGGAGUGCUAACAAUUAGAUGAACAAGAAAGAUGAAAUGUUUUGAGUAAUUCAGGUAUCUUAACUCCCUAGCAUAUCCACAUGAGAUUGUGAGUUAAUUGCUCCCUAUUGUUCAACUCAUCUGAUAAGAAGAGUCUUCCUUUGUUAAAAGAUGACUAUGUUAAGUCUCAUGUUAUAUCCUCUCAAACAUCUGCAAUCGGUGCUUGGAAUUGUUUGAGAAGGCGACAAUAUCGAAUUGACACAUAAGGUGAGCCUCUUUCUAAUUCAGUGAUUUAUAUAGUCGACAUUGUUUGCUCGAUGUUUCCUUCAGGUUAUCUGUUCAGCUGGUGAUAGUUUCCAUGCCUAUGCUGCCAUCACUGUUUGCUUUUGAUGUUUGGUAACAGCAUUUAAUUGAUCUCCAAAUUUCUCUUUCGGGGCACUUAGUACAGGUGUAUAACUACUGUUGCUGUAUUAGUAAGGUUGCUCUGAUAUAUUUUGCAUAGAUGCUUCUUUAUGUUUUCAGGAAUUCCUAGUUAUUCUCCAUAUCCGGGUAUGAUUCGGCCUGCAUUUGCUCCACGGCCACCUGGGCCUAUAGGUGUGCUCCCAGCUAUCUCCCGUCCCCCUCUCCCUGUGGUUCCUGGAGUUCGUCCAAUCAUUCCUCCGAUCGUUCGGCCAGCUCUUGUUCCCAUUACACCCGCUGAAAAGCCUCAGACAACUGUUUAUGUUGGCAAGAUUGCACCUUCUGUUGAAAAUGAUUAUAUGCUUUCACUUCUUCAAUUAUGUGGGCCAGUCAAGAGUUGGAAACGUGCUCAAGAUCCUUCAAAUGGAGCUCCUAAAGGCUUUGGCUUUUGUGAAUUUGAAUCUGCUGAAGGUGUUCUACGUGCAUUACGUCUUCUCAGUAAACUUAACAUAGAUGGGCAGGAGCUGGUGUUAAAUGUCAACCAAGCAACCAGAGAAUAUUUAGAGCGAUAUGUGGAAAAAAAAAGGGAAAAUGCAAAGAAACUCAAUGAAAGUGAAGCUGCUACUGUUGCCGAGAAAGAAGGCGAUGGUGCAUCUAGUGCUGAGAAGAAUGAAUCUCUGGAGCCCAGUGGAGAUGACUCGAAGAAAGAUGAUUCGAAGAACAAUGAUUCCAAUUCUGGUAAGAAAGAAAGCCAUGAUAAUGCCCCUUUUGGGAUAGUGACAGAUGAGGACAGGGAAGCAGACAAAGAGGCUUCACAGAAGCUUACAAGCAUGUUAGAAGAAAGGUUGAAGACCAGACCUCUUCCUCCUCCUCCUCCGCAUGUGCCGGCAGACGUUUUAGCAAUUACUGGCUCAGAAGCACCUACCAAGUCGGAUUCUGAUGCAGAUCCUUCCAAAAAUGAUGCAGAAGACAGAAAUGAUGAAGAGACGAACAGUGAUAACAAGGCGACUAGUGAGCAUGAUAAGACUGAAAUUAACUCUCCUGACCGAAACAGAAGAUAUGACAGGAGAAGUAGGGAGCAUGACAGAGAACGAGAUGUGAAACGCGAAAAGGAAAGGGAAGUCGAGAGAUAUGAAAGAGAGGCAGAGCGAGAGCGGAUUCGCAAGGAGAGAGAACAAAGAAGGAAGAUUGAGGAGGCCGAGCGUGAGUAUGAGGAGCGUCUUAAGGAUUGGGAAUACCGAGAAAGAGAGAAAGAGAAACAGCGUCAAUAUGACAGGGAGAGAGAUAAAGAAAGGGAGCGCAAACGGAAGAAGGAGAUUAUUUAUGAUGAAGAAGACGAAGAGGAGGAUUCCCGAAAAAGGUGGCAUAGGAGUGUCUUGGAGGAGAAGAGGAAGAAGAGGCUACGAGAGAAGGAGGAUGACUUGGCUGACAGAAGGAAGGAAGAGGAGGAAAUCGCUGAGGCCAAGAAGAGGGCUGAGGAGGAAAAGAAGCAGCAGCUGCAGCAACAGAGAGAAGCGCUGAAACUUUUGAAUGGUGACAUAGCGAGUAGACAUGAGAAAAGUGCACAAGCUGAGGAAUCAACGGGUGACAUCGUUCAACAUGGUGUUGGGGGCAUUGCUGGUCAUGAAUAUCCUGCAGGUGAUGGGAUAUCAAGAAUUGGUGUAGGGGAUAACUCAGUCAUCACCAUGGCUGCAUCAGACGUGCAGCAGAACAAUAAUGCUCCUGCCAAAAAAUUGGGCUUUGGCCUAGUUGGUUCCGGAAAAAGAACAGCUGUCCCUUCUGUUUUCUAUGAGGAAGAUGAUGAUGAAAGAAACAAGGAGAAAAAGAUGAGGCCCUUGGUUCCAAUUGAUUACUCAACUGAGGAAAUGCAGGCCAUUCAAACUCCUCCUGGGCAAUCACAACCAAAUUUAGCUGCUGCGGCAGAAUUCGCGAAGCAGCUUUCUACUGCCAAUAUGAAAGAAGAGAAGCCUGAAUCUGAAAGGGAGAGAAGUAGACGAUCUCAUGAUAGGUCAAGCCAACGGGAGAAAGACCGGAGCAGUCUUGAUGGUAAUCGAGUUAAAGAUGAGAACAGAGAUAAGAUUCUUGAACGGGUGAGAGAGCGGGAACAUGGACAAGAGAAAUUGAAGACUACAGAUAACAAGAAACUUUUGGAUGCCAAGCAAUUAAUUGAUAUGAUCCCUAGGACCAAGGAGGAUUUAUUCUCAUAUGAGAUAAACUGGGCCUUGUAUGACCAGCAUGAGCUGCAUGAGAGAAUGAGGCCAUGGAUCUCGAAGAAAAUCAUGGAGUUCUUGGGAGAAGAGGAAACAUCUCUGGUUGAUUACAUCGUAACUAGUACUCGAGAGCAUGUGAAGGCAACUGAAAUGCUGGAGACACUCAAGUCCAUAUUGGACGAGGAAGCAGAAAUGUUUGUGCUCAAGAUGUGGAGGAUGCUCAUAUUUGAAAUCAAGAAGGUAGAGACGGGUCUCCACCUGAGGUCAAGAUCCUGAUUGAACUGUAUAUAUGCUUGUUUCUCCUUUGAGCUGUGGUAGAUGUGGCUAUCAUCAUUAGUCCUUCGGACCUUGUGUCUCUGCGUGUCCCUGUAAUUCCCUGUAAUAUGAGGGGCAAAUCCAGGUGCUGGCGAGGUUGACGUUUCUGUUUCUUUUAUUUGGACUGUUGAUGAUUAUAACCCAAUAGAGUGUAACCCCUUCCUGGCUGUUUGAUCUCUUUGGGGGUUGGAAGAGCUUUCGUUUUUUCCUUUUUUCUUAAUUGGAUGUAUGUUCACCAUUUGAUGAAAUUUUGUUCCUUCUUCAAUAAAAACAAAUGCGUGCAAUUCAAGUUAACAAGCUGCAUUUUUCUAA